CUCCAGGACAUUGUCGACAAAGCUUUACACUUUCUCUCGCAUGCAAGCAACGAAACUCUUGGAGCUUGCCUUGUUGGUCUGGCUGCUACCACUUACUUCAUCCUGGGAAGAGUUGGCCUGGUCCUGAUUGGAAUUGUUGGCGGUGUUGCACUGCAUGCCACAUGGGAUGCCUCUCAAUCCUCGCCUGAUAGACUCGCUGCGAACGAGGCUGAGCAGAAAAAGCGGAAAGAAGUUGGUCUUGAUGUGAUCCAGCGCCUGCUGCUUUCCAGGGAAAAGACGAGACACAAUGCAGCUACGGACGAGUCGGAUGAUGAAAUCAGACCAUUGCCUGGAACCAAGGCUGACUUCUCUUCCUUCCGUCCUGAUACUCAAGCCGCUUUGAACGUCUUCACAGAUGCCAUCAUUCGCGACUAUGUCAAUUGGUGGUAUGCGCCUGUUCUUCCUGGCGAAGGUUCGUUUCCUGUAGCCUGUCGACAGGUCCUGGUCGGUUUUAUUGUCUCCCUUUCCAAUCACCUGUCCCGCAAGCGACCUGUAGACACCUUCCUCGAUUUUGUCACCAAUUCAUCCUCAAUCGUCAUUGUCUUCCUUAACGAGCUCGCCGCUGCUUUGAAUGCCUCGCCAAAUGCUACUGCCGAAGAAGCGGUCCACACCUACCUCGAGAUGAAGCCCGAGAGCAGUCUCGCCAGCAUUAUGGACUCCAAGCAUCAAGAGAAGAAGCUCAAGGUCGUCGCAAACGAUAUCCUCCUGAAAUACCUCGACAACAAGACAUAUAUGUGUGCCCCAGCCCAGAUCUUUCUCAAACAAGUUCUGGCUAAGCUGGUCCUGUCCAUGACUGUUGACAGCUGCUCCAAGCCCGAGUUCAUCAACCAAUGGAUCGUAUAUUUGCUUGAGGAGGGAGAGCCUGAGUUAAUGGAGGUCAUUGACGCUGGCGUCGAGGGUUCUGCUGCUGUCGCUCAAUCUACCAAGAAACAAGUCGCUGUUGACGAACCGGCUGACAUGCCAUCAUCAAGCCCCGAAGCUGUUCGCGAACACAAACGCAAGGCCAGUCGCAACAAGGCUGAAGAAGCCAUGGACGAAGCUAUGAAAGAAGCGCAGAGGCUUACUCAGCUGAUCGCUGAAGAAGAGGCAAAGAAGUCCGCAGCUGAAGCAUCCGCUGUCAGCAGUAGUGGUGAUGUCUCUGAAACCACUACUCAGGGCAUCAUGACUCCUUCAUCAUCUCAAGGAGAUGCUGAUGAGGGUGUCAGGUCUGAUGCGACCAGGUCAUCGCCAAGCGCUGAAUCUACACGGAAGUCUGAAGACGUGAAGAAGCCAUUUACCAAUUUUGACCAGAUUCUUCCUGCGACCAGUCCUACUGCUUUGGCUAGCCAGGACGAAAAGCUUCGCCUCAAGCCUCCACCAGUGUUGACAUUGUUUAAUGCCUCGAUCAACAUAUUUGAUGACGCUUCUCCAGGAAAUAGGACAGUUAUGCGAUCAAAGCCCAACAUUGAUUAUAUGAUUCAGAUUGAGCCCAGUUCUUCGAGUUUCCCGGGCUGGAUGGUCAUGCGCAAAUACACUGACUUUGAGACUUUGCAUGAAGUCCUUCGGCGUAUCUCUGUUAUCACCGGCACUCGCUUCACUGACUCCCAUGCUGACCUUCCUUCAUGGAAGAACAACACCAAAUCUACACUCCGAAUUGAGCUGGAACGCUAUCUGAAUGAUGCAGUUCGCCUGCAACCCCUUGCCGAGAGCGAAGGUAUGAAGCGAUUCCUGGAUAAAGAUGGUGGUGCUUCUCGUUCACCUGGAGGCAGCAAGGGCUUUGGAUGGCCGACGCCUGCUGCCUUCGAUCAGAUGGGCAAGAGCAUGUUAGAUACGUUGACCAAAGCCCCUACACAAGUCGCUGGUGGUGGAAAGGCGAUCUUCGGCGGUGUCACUAGCAUUCUUGGUGGCAAGCGCACUUCUGUCGCCUCAAAUCACAAUGCUAGCCGCUCAUCCAUCUCGCUGAACCCUGGCGCCUUCCUCGAGGACAGCUACAUGGGUAGCAUGGGUAAUGUUGGUGUCGAAAGGCAGAGCACAGACAGUGUCAGAAGUAUUCCCGCGCCUCUGUCUCGCACUCCAUCUCUGUCUAAACGUGUACCAGCACCUGCUCAGUCCGGCCAUAAAGUCGAGCAGUCACUCGACUUGAAGACCAGACCCAGCUUCUCGACUCCUCGCACUUCCUACCAAGGCACAAGAAGUGGAGAGCUCAGUCGUCCCGCGUCGUCAGCUGGUCUGUCGAAACUCGACACCGGACUAAACCUCCCACCUCCACCAUCGGAUAUUCCUGAUGAUUAUGCUUCACCGACAGCAGUAUCCCACCAACCUGCUAGAAUCAGCGACGACAUGACCUACAGCUCUCCCGACGCCCGUGCGUCAACAUCCAGGUAUCCUACCUCUGGUACCAGGUCACGACGCACAUCCAGGUCUCCGGAAUCUAUAGCUGCACGAACGACGCCAGCUGUGACUCCGGCUGUCACGAAAGUGACGAAAACCACUCCACCAAUUUCGGAACAAGAAACUCAGGUAGCCGUAGAACUGCUGUUUGCAGUGAUAACGGAAUUAUAUACUCUGUCUUCUGCAUGGAACAUUCGCCGCACUCUCCUCAACGCUGCCAAGUCCUUCCUUCUUCGACCUGGCAACCCACAACUCGAGGCAAUUCGCCAAAUGAUUCAAGCCAACGUCAUCGACACCUCCACCUCUGACGCUUCCAUCGCCGCCCAUAUCCUCAAGACCCGAGAAAACUCUCUGCCUACAGAAGAAGAACUCAAAGCUUGGCCAAAGGAGAUGACAGCAGAAGAGAAAGAGCAGUUGAGAAUCAAAGCCAGAGCACUGCUUGUGGAGAGAGGCAUGCCUGCUGCAUUGACCAGUGUCAUGGGAGCUGCUGCUAGUGGCGAGGCAUUGGGAAGAGUGUUCGAUUGUCUGCAGGUCGAGGGUGUUGGAAGAGGUGUUGUAUUCGGUAUCUUUUUGCAGGCGUUGAGGGCUAUC